UAGUAGCGCGGGCACCUAGACCCUAAGGGAAUGGGACCGCCAACAAAGUCGGGCUUGCACCUUCCGAUGCAAGGGUUGCUUCCAUAAGCCAUAAAGAUAAGUUUGGGAGGGGGUGCAGGUCCGGUUGAGUCCCCGUUGCACAUUUUCUUUCAACGGAAGCGAACGGAAGCGAACCUGCCGUUUGCUGGAAAUGGUUACGGCUUGUGCUCGAGACAACAGCUGUUUAUGCUGCGGUCGUCAGAACAUGAUCUAUGUUAGGGCUGCGUCAGGUCCCUGAAUCCGGGACCGCCGCGAGCGGUGCGUGCGUGCAUACCCGGCACUGCCCUUGUUGUGCACACCCAGGCCUCCGAUCGCGCUCACAGCGGGUAGGCUUAUUUAUAUAUGUGCCAUAAUGUAAUUGGCAGCGUGGGAGCCCGCUCUGAUUCGAUUUGCUGGUGGCGGUGCCAAUGAGGGUCGGUCUGUGCACAUCUGCCCCCUACGCUUGCCGUACAUGACGGCCAGCAGGUUGCAAACGGAGGAACUCCUAACGUUUCAGCGUGCAAGAAACCCCAUAGCACCCCCGCCUAAGGCCUUCAAAUUGGAGGGUACCCUGAACCGCGCGUGUCCCAUUGUGGUGGCCACCCGACACCUCCAACGUCCGCUGGCAUGGUCAGGGGUGCAUGGUCACGCCGACUAGCCUGACUCGUGCGGAUGCGGCGGCCCGUGGCGGCUACCUUCCAUAUGCCGGUCACGGGGGUCAUCACCGUGCCAGCAUGUCACGGCUGUACGGAUGGGCUAGUGAACGCGGCUGCUUGGAUAGGUGUGUGCGAAGUGCGGGCGGCGCUUGCUCGGUGACGGGCAGCGCUGCCUGCAGGCGGUUGUACCGUGGUGGGGCUCACGUGCUCACCAAGUCCAAGUGUGCAACCACUGCGGGACGGUGUGGGGCAGCAGGGGCGUGACGUCAACUCCGCAACCAACAUCCGGCACGCGCUGGUGGAGAUGCUGCUGGGGCACAAGCGACCUGCAUCGCUGCAGACUGGCGGCGGCGGCGGCAGUGGUGGCGGCGGCAACGGCGGCAGCGGCGGCGGCGGCGGCGGCGGCAGCGGCAGCGGCAGCGGCGGCGGCAGCGGCGGCGGCGCGUGCGCGCAUCUUGGUAGCGGAGGGGGCGGGAAAGGCCACGUGGAGGAGAGCGCAGCGCCGCCCAAGAAGCGGCGCAAGCGCGCAGGCUGAGGAGCCGGCUGGUGUUUAGGUAGCGGUCCGCGGUGGGGCUGGCAGGGCAUGCGUAGCGGCAUGACAAGUAGUGCAGCUGUUGACAACUGUGCUGUGUCUGGCUGCGGUUGGCUCUGCUGUGGCAUCGCGAUUGCUAGGCACCGGUUUGGCUAUGUGCCUGCGGAAACCGACCCCGGCUAUGUCCGGGCGAUGAGGUUGUUCGUGGUUAUAUUCUGUGGUUAUAUUCUGUGAGUUCGUGGUUACUUCGUUUCUUUUUGGGGCCCCGGUCUCACGGUCUGCCCUGGUGGUUGUCUCUGACGUCCUGAUUGCUCGCGUUGCAGGUUGUGUGCCGGUGUGUUGCUGUGCCCUUCCCCUGACUUCUCCUUUGUAACCGCUCUCUCGG